AAUACAAAUUACAUAUAUUUACUCCAAUAUAAAUUUGCUUAUGUGACACUCAAUAUCAUAUAUUUCACUUCCUUAUUUACAAAAUAUAGUUACAAUAAUAAUGGGUGAAGUGAAGUUAAUUGCCACACCUCAAAGCUUUCCUUGUGCAAGAAUUGAAUGGGCUCUAAGAAUAAAAGGUGUUGAAUAUGAAUACAUACAAGAAGAUUUAUUAAAUAAAAGUCCUUUACUUCUUGAGUCUAAUCCAGUUUACAAGAAAGUUCCAGUGCUACUUCAUGAUGGAAAAUCAAUUGCUGAAUCACUUGUUAUCCUUGAGUACAUAGAUGAGACAUGGAAGGACAACCCUUUGUUGCCACUAGAUCCAUAUGAGAAAGCAUUAGCUCGUUUUUGGGCAAAGUUUAUUGAUGAGAAGUGUAUUUUUGGUGUAUGGGGAGCAUGUGUGGCUCAAGGAGAAGAAAAGGCAAAAGCUGUAGAUGCUGCAAUAGAGUCACUUGCAUUUCUUGAGAAGCAGAUUCAAGGGAAAAAGUUUUUUGGUGGAGAGAAGAUAGGGUAUCUUGAUAUUGUAGCUGGUUGGAUAUCAUAUUGGCUUAAUGUUCUUGAAGAACUUGGAGAAAUGGAACUAAUUAAUGCUGAAAAGUUCCCUUCUCUUCAUGAAUGGGGUCAUAACUUCAUCCAGACUUCACCUAUCAAAGAUUGCAUUCCACCAAAGGAAAUGGUGGUUGAAUAUUUUAGCUUUGGCAUCAACUAUGUUCGUUCCUUGGCAUCGAGUGAAUAGGAGGACUGAGUGUGUGUUUGUAAUCACGGUGGAUAAGUUAGAAUCACGGCGAGUCGCUGAAAUUUUGUAAGAGCUAUAAAGUGUAUUUUUUAAAAAAAUCUUUAUAACUUAUCGUGUUUCUGACAAAUCCACCUUGAUAUCUAUCAUGCACUAAAAUCAGUUGUCCUUUUUAUCUAUCCUCUUCCUUGUGUUUCUAAUGAGAACACAAAACUUGAGCAAAAAAAAUAAAUAAAAAUAGGGUAUGAGAUAGAAUGUUACUUAUAGAUAGGGAUUUGGAUACUCUGCAUUCACGAUAUUAUGCAUUCGUCGAUCUAGGCCAUCUCAUCAAGAUGAGAUGUUUCAUAUUUUCACCUUAUAUUUUUGUCAUUACUUAUCAAAGUUGAAAUAUGGACUAUUUGAGUUUGAUCCGAGGGUCCAGAUCGUUUAACUGCAUUAAAUGCAUGGUUUCAAGACGGUCAGAGUGAAUUUUUUUAUUGAAAUAUGUUUUUAUGGGAAGAUAGAAAAUAAGAUAGGUAAAUUAAAUGAGACAGAUGAUUUCAAUUCAUACUAAAUUAUGAAAGUAGAUUUGUGUAAACAAGUAUGUAUAAGUUAUAAUAAGCUCAUGUUGUCUUUGGAGUUUGCUUU